AUUCACUCGUCUUAAUGGUCGUCCACUUCUUUCACAGCCAUUCUGGUGCUAAAGAGGAGACCAAUUUGGGCCGACUUUUGCUACAAUUCCUCGAACUCUAUGGACUUAAACUCAACUACGAAGAAGUAGGCCUUAGAGUUAGGGAUGGGACGUACGUAUCAAAGGCCGAACUCCUCAAGACUAUGGAGAUUCCGAAUGGAGAGACCAUUGGUUACAAUAACUAUAAGCCGUCCCUCCUAUGCAUUGAAGACCCUCUGAAUGCAUGCAAUAAUGUCUCGCGAAACUCGUAUGCCGUCCAUAAGGUAAGGGAUGCCUUCGCCUAUGCCUUCCAUACCCUGUAUACGGCUGUCGGACCCAAUCGGGCCGUCGUCCACACUAAUGACUCCCUUUUGGGUCGUAUUAUACGAGUAACCGAUGCGGUGGUCGAUCAGAGGAACACCCGUUCCCUUCACUACAAUCCCUACCAACGCACCAAAUGUGGACCCAAUUGUAAGCAGGGUACUUGGCGCCGACCCCGGCAGUACAGCAACUAUAGUAAUAACUCGAGUUCCGGGAACAGUAGUAAUACGGAUAGUAACGGCACUGAGAGGGCCAACUAUGGUAACAGAGAGCACGGGUAUCACAACCAUUAUAAUCACAAUUAUCAUAAUCAUCAUAAUCAUUGGAAUAAUGGCUAUAAUAAUGGAUAUAAUAAGAGAAACAAAUACAAUAAUAAUAACUACAAUAACGGCGCUAAUUAUGAUCAUCAGGGUCGACGCAACUAUUACUCAUUCAAUAACAAUAAUCAUAGAUACAAUCGGAUUGAUAACCAAGGUAUUCAACAGUGAACUCAAAACUAAUACACAGGCCUCCCA